ACAGCCUCCCCUUCCCCUUCCCGUCCUAACCUCAACUCUUAUUUAUUCUUCCUCCCGUUUUAUGUUUAUCGGACCGCGUCACCGGAGAAACCUAAUCGCUGCUGGCUUCUGGUCCGAGAGACCUAAAGGUUCGAGGCUUAGGGUUUGGCCAUCCAGCUUCCACUCGACUCAGGCUCUGACCGUCGGAGCGCGUAUCUUCUUCCACUCUGGCAUCCUUCUCUGCUUUCAUUCCUGCUCUGCUGAACGCUGAACCGGCUGCUCGUCAUCGUCAGUCUGUUUCUGUGCCGUGCGCGUCCUUCCCCGUCCUUAUCUUGUCCCAUUGCUAGUCGAACCCUGUCUGCGGCCGCCCUGGCCUCUAUCUCUCUACCGUGCCUUCUGUAUCAACCUGGGCACGCCUGCGCAAGCCAGCAGCAGUAGCAGCGGCAGCAGCGGCAGCAGCAGCAGCAGAACCGCCUGAAGCGCCGGAACCAGACCAUCAUCGCAAAAUGGCGUUCUCGCCUUCGUCCUCGUUCAUCCGCAAGUCCAUCUUUGUGCAUCUCAGAGCUUACUUUCGCGGGCGCCGGCUGUUCACCAUCCUCGUCGUCGCGCUGCUCUCCCUCGUCUCGCUCUCGGUAUACUCCUCCUCCUCGAGAAAUGCCGGGUUUAGAAGCAGUAGCAGGGGCAGGGGUCGCUUCUCCUCUUCGCACUUCUUGUCAAAGUCAAACGACUUGUCUACCCCUGCCUCUGACCCCGCGCCCAUGAACAACUACAUCCCCUCCUCGUCCUGGGAAACCCCGUUCUCCUUCUCGGUCUCGACUGCCGACUCGGAUGUUGCCGUCAUCCCCCAGCAGCUCGACCGCUGCCCUAUCUACUCCUUCUUUGACGAAGCAGAGUUCGCGGCCCUGGGCGUCAACGUCACCAUCGAGCGCGCCGUCCUGGAGCGAUGGAAACGCGCCAUCUGGGCGUACGGUUUUAUGCCUGUCGUGCUCACCACCGAGGAUUCAAAGAAGAACCCGAGAUUCAAUGAGCUCGAGGCUAUUCCCAGUCUACGAGCUCACAAAAAGAUCGAUACUCUAAAGUAUCUCGCCUGGUCCACCGCUCCUACCGGCAUUCUUGCCAACCACAGAAUCUUCCCCUUCACCACCAAACCAAACCAAAACGAGCUCAAGCACCUCCGCGAAUGCCAGUUUGGAUUGUUGACCGUCUACAAAGACCUGGGCAGCGACUUUGUCACGGGCGCCAACAAAGCCGUCGACGAAUUCGUCGCAAACGCAUUCACCACCGGCCACCGCGGCAACAUCGCGGGCUACGUGGACGAGAUUGUGAUUGUGGAGCCAAAGAUCGGCGUGUUUGUGCACUACACCGAGGAGUUUGUCGAGUCGACGUACAAAAACAUGCCGCCCGAGCUGCUGCCUGACGUGAUCAACGCGCACAUGCACAACAACUGGCUCUCGCGAUUCUCCGACGGCAUCGAGAUCGUCGAGCCAUUCCCUUCUACCGACAGAAUUCUACACUACCCCGCGCUCUCGACCGCCUACGCGCUGACUGUCUGUCCGCCCGAGGAGCUGGAGCAGUUCUGCCCGCCCGGCAAGGAAAAAUGCUACAAGUGCAACAGCAACCUGCCGAGCGGAUUCAUCAAGUUCGCAGAGGUCAUCGGCCGGACGAAGAGCGCGUUCAAGUUUGUGACGGUGCCGCACCCGCUCACGCAUCUCGCGCUGACUUACAGCACCGCAAACCCGCUGUCUGCCGACUUUGUGCGUCGGAAAACGACACGCGACGCGUUCACGAAAGCGGUCACGGAUGAGAUCGUGGAAGAAGGAGUAGGCGCGCCGGACCGCAUGCUUGAGCUGAAAAAGCUGGCGGCAGCGAACUACGAGGUGCUUGACGAUCAGUACUAUGCGAUUUGGGAGGCGCAGCUGGAUAUGUCGCCUGCCUGCGCGCUAGAUAACUACUUUGAGUGGGCGCUCGGGUUCUCGUUCGGUGGUGUCCUCCGAAACUCCGGUUCUAGUCAAGCAGACGACGACGACGCCGAAACCUCUACCUCUACGACCCCUGGAAAAUCCUCCGUCGACAGCCCCGCAAGCCCCUUCUCCGUCCUCUCGAUCCAACUCGACCAGUGCCUGCCCGCCUCGGAAGCCAAGCAGCUGCACAAAGACGCCGAGGCGAUCGGCCGCCCGUCGCGCAACGGUGUACCCCCGCCACUGCAGCCGACGAAGGACGUGAUUAACGCUGCGCGCAACGGCGUGCUGAGCACGACGGCGGCUAUGAAGCGGACGAGAAAGAUGAUUGAAGGGUGGAAUUUGGCGGAUGCGGAGCUGUGGCGGUUCGUGAGGGCGAUGAAUGAGCGCGCGUCGCAGGAGCCGGCGGUUUGGUUGACUUGAGAACUUGCACGGAUUAUUU